AGCAUUUGGUGUUCCCAGGCGGUUCCCUUGGUAUCCAAGUACCAAGGCAUGAGCGUCUGGCAGACACACUAAGGUGUACUCGGGGCCAGUAGGUGGUUGCUGCCGGCAGUACCUCAGUGGGCACCAGGCACAUAGGAUCACACAGGAUGAGGGUGUUGGCUAGUGUAGUGGUGUCAGCGGCAGUAGUGUCAGUGGCUGUGGUGCCAUUGGUAGUUGCUAUUAUUCCAGUGGUAGUGGCACAAGAUGCACCUUUUGUGAGGACGGAGGAAGGCGUGAUAUCCGGCUUGCGCCAUACAUCCACAAAGAGCAAGGACUUCUACGGUUACUACAGUAUUCCCUUCGCCAGGCCACCUCUCAACCACCUGAGGUUCAAGGACCCGGUGGCGCCCGAGGCGUGGGACGGGGUGAGGGACGGGACCCACAUGCCCGAGUCGUGCCUCCAGGUGCCCUUUGGCACAGCCUCUCUUGGAGAACGUCUUACACCAGAGCAGAUACAUGGCUCCGAGGACUGCCUCUACCUCAACGUCUUCAGACCCGCGGACAAGGGGCCCAAGUCCGACCUUCCGGUGAUGGUGUGGAUCCACGGAGGAGGGUGGUUUGCUGGAGGAUCCCUCGAGUAUCUUCCUUACGUCCUCCUCAACCAUGACGUGGUGCUGGUCGUCCUCCAGUACAGACUUGGGGUCUUAGGUUUCCUGUCGACGGAAGAUUCUGUAAUCCCCGGUAAUUACGGGUUGAAGGACCAGACGAUGGCGCUCCACUGGGUGCAGAGGAACAUCCACAACUUUGGCGGAGACAAGACCAAGGUCACCAUCUUCGGUGAGAGUGCCGGUAGUGCCUCCGUCCACUACCAGAUACUCUCACCGAAAUCUAAAGGGCUGUUCUCCCGGGCCAUCAUGCAGUCCGGGUCAGCUCUGUCGCCGUGGGCCAGAGGGUUCAAGAACCAGGAGGCGACUAAGGACUUAGCACAGACCCUGGGGUGCCCUGCCGACCAGGACAGCCAGGUCCUCCUGCACUGUCUCCAGGAGGUCGACGCCCGAAAGCUGGCGGCCUCGUUCCAAGACUACUUACAAUGGUUCAUCUUGCCCGUUGUCUUCGGUCCUCGGGUUGAUGGCGAUUUCAUUCCAGAAGAUCCAACCAAGAUGAUCCUUGAAGGACAAUACAAAAUGGUGGACAUCAUGUCUGGAGUGACGCGUGAUGAAGGGGCCUUUUUGGCUCAUGCCCUCUAUGCUACGAAGAACCUGAAGGACUCUUUAGAGGCCAACUUCAGCAUCAAUGGCCCUAUCAGUCUCCAGAUGGAAGCGUCUGUGGCCCAGGAAGACACAGUCGAGGUAACCAGGAAGAUGUUCCAUCACUACCUGGGAGGGGGAGUCAACCUCGACGAGGCUCACAGUGAAGGCGUCUCAAAGCUGUUAAGUGACGUGCACUUCACGGUGGGGUUCGACCUGGCCACGUCUCACCACGCCCGGAACGCCAAGAAUAACCAUAAGACUUAUCGCUACGAGUUCUGUCACCGGGGCGAGCUCUCCUUCGGUGACUACUUCAACACUCACGUCGGCAAGCACUGGGUGCCGCACGCCGACGACCUCCUCUACCUGUUCCAGGGCGGCCCGCUGCUCAGUCCUCCACAGCGCCCCCAGAAGGUCACCCUCCCUGCUGACCUACGUGUGAGAGACAUCAUGUCCACCCUCUGGACCAACUUCGCCGCCACAGGGAACCCAACUCCUGAUGACUCUCUGGGAUUCACCUGGGAACCCUCCACCGAGGAUAACCUCCAGUACCUCGCCAUCAACCUCCAUCCCACCAUGGAGCCUGACCGCAGACAGGAGGUGAGGAAGUUCUUCGCGUCUCUGCCCACGAGGACCAGCCGCGUCCUGUAUGCUGAUGGGGUGCGUCAGCCCCUCCAGCAAGAACACCAACAAAGUAAAACUCAAGAUGAACUAUAGGAAGGAAGGAUUUAAAAUGCAAGAACAUGUCUGGAACUCUCAAUGGUCCCCAACUAGAUUAAACUUUUUUUUUAUAUACCAACAAAAAAGAGCCAUAUCUGCCGAAAUUAAAAGUAGUUUAAUUUGAGUGAAUUUUUUAUUUAUUUAUUUUUCUGGAAAAAAUAGAACAGAUAGAACAUCCAACUAGUCAAGGUUUCAACAUCGUAACGUAAAUAAAAUGGAGAAAAAAUCAACACAAUGUUAACUUAUUUCAUUUCUGUAACACUGAACUAUCACAAUAGCAUUUAAUCUUUAUUUUGUAUUUAUAGGUUUAUCCAGUAAAUGUCUAGUACGUAAAAAAGUAUUUAGAUGUCCCUUUCACAAACUAUGCAUCAAACUGACUGAUGAAUUAAAUAAUAUAUCGUUAUAUUCUAAUUAUAUCAUAAACAUUAUAAUUCAAAAUAAUAUAAUAUUUUGAAUAAUAUUCAUAAAUAAUAUGAAUAUUUAUAAAAUUAUUGACACUGAAAAAGCAUAUACGGGUUGUAGAGGAAGAAACUCUUCAUAUAAUAUGUAAAAUUCAUGAGAUUAGAAUAAAAGUUGAAUCCGCAAAUAGAGCUUGAAUUUGUAGAAAAAAAAAUUGAUGUACACGAAAUUUAAUUAAAGUUGUCUGACAAUA